AUGGAGCCAUCAGUAACCUCAUCUUUAGAAUCCGUACAACCCAAUCCCGCUGCUCAAUUAAUGACGGUGACCCAGUUAAUAUACGGAGUUCCGUCAUUUAUUCUAAUGAUAUUUUUUCUAAUUUAUCUUGGAUAUUCAAAAAUGUACACAAACUCAUUUUAUAGAAUUGUGCAAAUAAGUUUACUGGUGAACAUUCUGUGCUUUGUUAACACCUGGUUUGCACUUCGUCUGGAAGAGCAUCCCAGUUGUAUUUUCAUACUAAAAUGGAUAGAAACUUCACUGCCAGGUGCUCUAACACUUGCAAAGUAUCAUGCUUAUUGGUUUAUGCAUAUGCAGUUCUGUGCAACUGCAAUGCUGAGUCUUCAUCGGAUACUUACAGUUGUGUUCGCUGGGAAAUUUGAAAGGUUUUGCUACCGAUGGUACCCGGCAAUUGGAAUUUCCAUGUUUGUGUAUAGCCAUCUGCCAAAAUUAUUAUGGCCCGGGUUCACAUUGGAGGUGCAUAUUGUUAAUGGAACUCUUAUGAAAACUAGAUUCAACUUGGUUUAUGUAAAUGCAAUUAAUAUUAAUGCAAUAUUCUCUGCGAUAUAUUUCAUUUUAAUAUUGACAAUUGGGAUCGCUACGGUGGUUUUGGUGACGAAAAAGUUGAGAGCUGCCAACCUUCCCACCGAUCGAAUUUCCAAAAAAUUGACCCGUUUGGCACUGAUCUACUGUUUUUUGUACACUGGAAUAUUGAUGUGGAGCGUGAUUACAUCUAUCGACUCGAAUUUUCCAUUUCUUCCAGCCUUUAUUGUCAAUCACAAUUUUACGUUUCUCACGUAUUCUUCUGAUAUUAUGACUUUGUCACUUCCAUAUAUUCUUCUUGCAUUUGACUCCAAUAUUCAGAAGCAAAUUUUUGGUUUUAGAAAAAAGAAAAGAGUUGUUACCGUAGUGGUUAAUAGUGCGAUGUUAUCAUAA